UCACUGGAUUAGUGGCUGAGAAUCCAACCCCAGCCUCUCCUCCCUGAGCCUGCUGAGACGUCUCCAGAAGGGCACGACACUCACUGCUCGCUUUCCCUCCACCAAGCCUUCCACAUGAGCCAGCCAAGCCUUAGCGCCGCGCCAGGAUGAAGGAAUACAAGAAAACGCACGCACUCCUGCUUCUGCUGCUGCUUCACUACAGUUUGGGGCAAUCCGACUAUGCUCCAUAUUUCUAUGACAAUGGUCCCAGCAGCACCAGUGGGAACAUGGCCUUGUUCAGCAUCUCCGAGGACACGCCUGUUGGAACUCAGGUAUACAUCCUGAACGGCACAGAUCCGGAGGGGGAUCCCGUACGAUACGGCCUGACGUUUGAAAAAGGCUCCACUGAAUAUUUCAGGGUAGACCCCAAGUCAGGGAACGUUACUCUACUUCAGGAGCUGGACAGAGAGAAACAAGAUGAAAUUUCAGUGACUGUCAGCAUAACAGAUGGACGCAAUAAAGUUAUUGAGACCGUGAGAGUGUUUGUGACGGACGCCAACGAUGAGGCACCUGAAUUUCAAAAUCUGCCUUUUAUAAUUGAUGUUCCAGAGGACACUGCUCCAGGAACUAGCAUCUACAGAGUCCAUGCUGUAGAUAAAGACCUGGGUUCAGGAGGCAGUGUUUCAUAUUAUCUACAGAGUUCCCCAUUUGCCAAGUUCACCAUUGACGGACACAGCGGGAUCAUCAGAGUAAAACCUGGUGAGACUUUGGACUAUGAGACCACGCCAACGUAUUUUGUGACAGCAGUGGCAAAGGAUGGAGGUGGAAGGUACAAAGGGAAACACCAGGUGCUGACCUCCACAGCCACUGUAACGAUCAAUGUUCUUGAUGCCCAAGACAUGCCUCCAUUCUUUGUGGGAACCCCAUACUUUGGAUACAUCUAUGAAGUCUCAAUCCCUGGUUCUGAAAUAUACACAGUGUCUGCCAAAGAUGGGGAUCAAGGCAACCCCAACCCGAUUUAUUAUUCCAUUGUGAACGGAAGUGAUGGUGUUUUUGAUAUAAACAGCACCAGUGGAUGCAUUUCUCUAGCAACCCUUCCAUCUCUGCUGAGAAACGAACUCUAUGAGAUUAAAGUGAAGGCAUCUGAAGUCGGACCCAACAAUCAGCUGUUGGACUACGAUGUUACCACGGUUACCGUCCGGGUGGUGGAUCUUAACAAUCAUCCUCCGACCUUUUAUGGAGAAAAUGGACCCCAGAGCAAAUUUGAGGUCACCAUGUAUGAGCAUCCUCCUGCUGGGGAGAUCCUCAGAGGCUUUAAGAUCACAGUCAAUGACUCGGAUCAGGGGGCAAACGCUAAAUUUAAGCUGAGACUGGUGGGGCCCAGUCGAGUGCUACGGGUGGUUCCCCAGACGGUCCUGAAUGAAGCACAGGUGACCAUCAUUGUGGAGGACACGUCUGGCAUAGACUAUGAAAAGGGACCGACUUUAUCUUUUAAGCUGCUGGCGGUAGAGAUUGACACUCCUGAGCGUUUCAGUGCGACAGCUGACAUAGUGAUCAACCUACUGGACACGAAUGACAAUGUCCCCGUUUUCUCGUCUGAGUAUUACAUCGCCAGAGUGCCCGAAAACUCCCCUGGAGGCUCCAGUGUUGUGUCUGUCACAGCAAAUGAUCCAGACUCUGGUUCCUGGGGGGAAGUCAAAUAUGCAAUUUAUGGAUCAGGAUCAGAUUUAUUCGCCAUUCACCCAUCAACAGGACUUAUCAUCACGCAGCCCUGGACCAGUCUGGACGCGGAGAUGAGGUCGAAAUACAACUUCUAUGUGAAGGCAGAAGAUUCAGAAGGCAAGUACAGCAUCGCUGAAGUCUUUGUCACCGUCCUUGACAUGAACGACCAUUCUCCGGAGUUUGAUGAGGAAUUCCAAGAGAAGACCAUGAUCAUUGGGACAGCUGUCAAAGUGCAGGCCAUGGAUGAGGACGCAGAGUCUCCCAACAACGUCAUUGAGUACUCCAUCAUGACAGCCGACCCCGACAACGCGUUUGACAUCAACGCAGUCACAGGGGAGAUCCAGCUGAAGCCUUUCAUCAAGUCUAUGGAGAUCGUGCAGAACAUCACCAAGCAGAAGGACUGCAAGUGGUCUCUGGUGGUCCAGGCCAGGGACCGGGGAUCUCCGUCCUUCAGCACAACGGCUGUGAUCAACAUCGACAUCACAGAGGCGACUCCUCUCAAGGGGCCUAUGGGAGCAUUUUUAAUGAAAAGUAGGGACAAUCCUCUGAGGGCUUUGGGCUUGCUGGCUUUUAUCAUUCUCGUCCUGGUAGGAGUGACGGUGUUGAUCUCCACAGUUAUGUACAUGCGCAACUCCAAGUCAAACCGAAUCAUGCCCGCCCGACGCAUCAUCAAGAGGCGGCCCAGGGACCAGCGGACUUGGAAAUUCAAGAUUCCUGUCAUCAAGUUGUCCAGCCCAGCGGAGAAGUUCCUCGUCAGCGACCCGGAAAGCAGCCCCCCGCAGGAAACCAGCAGCCCCCGGCUGAAGCCUCCCCCUCCCUGUCUGCCCCCUCCACCUCCGUCCAACGCACGGGCUAACGAGCGGCCCCGAGCGGUCCCAACCAUAUCUGGUGCACUGACCUCCAAAGGUUCAAAGAAAACAAAAUCCGGCCGUCGCAAAGAGGGGAACAUGAGCUCUGCGUUGGUGUCUGAGUUGAAGAUGAAGCUGGAGCAGAAGAUCAACGAGAACAACCAGGGGUAUUAUUAAACAGAACCGCAAGAACCUCUGGUUUAACGUUGCUCGGUCCGUUUGUUGAUGGCUCUCUGCUCUUGUCUUACAUGCAGUCAUUGUGAUGAUUGAUAGAAAGACCUACCAUUGGACUGUUUUUUUUUUUUUUUCGGUUUGCAGAUAUUUAUGUCUGAACAGGAGACCAUGAAGGAAGCAGGUUGCACCGCCUCCUGCGUUGUCCUAGUUUUAGAGAAGCACGGAGAGAGCUCGAGUCAGUGGUGUAGUCGCAGAUAGUUUACCACACUGCCAUCUUGAGGAGGAUUACGUGAUCUUAACAGUAAGAAGCACUACUGUAAAUUGUCCUGGGAGAGGAUUACUGAGGCUUAGUGUCUAUACAUCCGUUGCAUAACAUCCUGAAAAGUGUAACGCUCACAAACCUGCAGUGUUUUCUGCCCAGAAAAAAAAAAAAAAAAAAAGGAUUUUUACCUGAUAAAUCCCCAUUACAGAAAGAUGUGUUCUUGCUCAGUGGAGCAUGCAGCUAAAUGACAUGGUAAUAUUUCACAAAAAAGUGCUAAAGGACCUGUGUGUUGAUAUUUUUACUGUGUUACAUCAGCCGCUUCGAAGCUGAGAAGUUGCUCCUGAGACAAUGUGCCACUGUAGUAACACGAGCCUGCUUGAGUAAUUCUAGGGGGAAAAAAAACAUGCUUUUAUAUAAAUGUAUAUGCAUCCAUUUUAAGUGUACAGCAAUGUAUUAUUUCAGCUAUAUUACUAAAAAACAAAGUAUAACUCUAUUAGUUGAAAAUUGUUGAUAACAGUUUGCCAUAUGACUGGAAAUCUCAAGCUUACAUCAAUAUUGCUGAGAGGUUUUUCUAUGUUAAAAUAGAUGUUUAUCGGGAGCGUCUUUGUCAGACAUCUAGAAUCCGCUCACGGAUAUUUUCCAUCUCAAAUGCCUUUGAAUGCAGGCAUAGCAAACGUCAUUGCUGUAACCAUAACUUGUGUCUGAGUAGAUCUGAACUUAUACUUGUUUUAAAUAAGUUGAGAUGAACUAUAUAUCAUAAAUAUGACUUUAACUUGCCUGGUCCUUUGAAGAAAUUUGUAUUGUCUUUGUACUGUCUUGAUUUUAAAUAAAUAUUUGAACAUAAUUUGA